GCAAUCGAUCUUGUGCAGGCAGUACAAAUACACAACGUACGCAUGGUGGCAGUCUAUCUCAUCGUUACAGAUACAUCUUCCUUGAUUAGUUUUGUAAGGCUUAGUCAGCGAUGGAGUACUCGCCGAAGCUAGCAGUAGUGGUGCUCUUAGCUCUCGCGUCCGCCAUGGCGGUCACGGCCCAGAACUCGGAGCAGGACUUCGUGGACGCCCACAACGCGGCGCGCGCUGACGUGGGCCUUGGGGAGGUGACAUGGGACGCUACCGUGGCAGCCUUCGCGCAGGACUACGCGGAUCAGCGCCGCGGCGACUGCCAGCUGGUACAUUCAGGCGGGCAGUACGGGGAGAACCUCUACGGAGGCGGCGGCGGCGGGACCGCGGCCAUCGGUUGCGCCCGCGUCGUCUGCGACAGCGGCGACGGUGUGUUCAUCAUCUGCAGCUACAACCCGCCAGGCAACUUCCCCGGGGUGAGCCCGUACUAGGCUAUAUGCAUCAUGCAUGCAUGCAUGCGAGUGUGCAUGUACGUACGGCGUAUUGCAUAAAUAAAAUGAUUAAGCUGUGAUAACUACAGUGUGAUCAGAUGAGAUAUAUAAUUAACCAGCCGGCCGGAUUUGACGUCAUAUAUUGUUUAGACCGGCUGUAUAGAUAUGUAUAUGUACUGUUAUGAUUCAGGUAAUAAGUUGUGUUAUUGUACAAGCAGUGUUUAUGAAUAAAUAUAUGGUUCUACUAUUAUACUGAGUA